CCGGCCCCGCCUGCCCGCACUCCCCUUUGUUGUGAUCGGGGGCUGCGGGGGACCCCCGGGAGCGCGGGGCGGGGAGAGCCGGGCUGUAUGUAGGCCAGGGCAUGAAAUAUUCAUCGCCCCCCUGCUUUGAUGUCUCCUGCUCCGUUUCCCUCUCGAUGUUCUCUCGUCGGUGAUUCGGGGCUCGUGGCCGUGCUCGGCCGGGCGCUCGCUGUGCCUUCGCCUGGGGAAGGCUGCGAAGCCCCGCGCUGCCCGGGGCUGGGUUGUACCCGGCCGGGAGGCUCCCCCGGAGCAGCCUGGCUGCUGUGCGUGUACCCGCCGCGGGGAUGCAAUGUGGGAUUUGCCUGAGCCAAGCCGGGGCCUGGGUGGACUUUCCCCCCCGGGAGCAUGACCCCGUACGGUUUGCUCGGUCCCCGGCUCAGCUCCGCCGCAGCUGUGGUCUCCUCCUGCCCGUCCCGUCCCUCUGCUGCCCGGGAGGUCUGAGGGUACGGGAAGCAGCUCCCGUGGGUGACGUUCCCCCACUCGGUGGCGUUCGGAGCCCAUAGGGUACCCGGUGUGCUCGUGUCUGGGCACUGGGAACGGGACAGUCACCAAUCCAGCAGCGUGGGAUGCAAACCGAGCUGUGGGAAGGUGGCAACAAACAAAAGGCUCCGUUUGGUAUCUUUCCUCCUUCCGUGCUGGUGCUCCCCCCUGUCCGGAGGGGAUGUGAUGGGGACACGUGGGGGGAUGCCGGUGACCUCGCGCUUGGGAGCAGCGCGAUGCUGUUGUUUCCCCGCACGCUCCUGCAGGCUGAUCCCCUGCUGCCCCCGCUUGUUUGUGCCGCCUCGUGCCGGCUCGGGGGCUGGCCCAUGGACAAACCUCUGCUGCUCAGUGUCUGAGAUGGGGCUCCCUGGGGAGCGGCGUGCCGCCGUGAGGCAGCCUGUGUUCCCUCUGCAGAGACGGGCACCUCUGCUCAGCAGACUGAGGGCUGCCCCCAUUCCCAAGCUUUGGCCCAGGGCGGGGGCUUGUCCGAGCACCCUGUGCUCAGGAGCUUUCCCGAAAUGCAGCCCGGUGAUUUUGGAGCUGGGGUUGCUUAUGGGCUGGCACAGCAAAGGGAAGUGCGAUGUUCCCUGUUUAGAUUGUCAGUGGCCUUGUGGAGUUCUCUGUGUGGUGGAGAUGCCCCAGUGAUACUUCUGCUCUUGAACGGCUUUGUUCUGGAGUGACAGAAAAUCUCCCAGGUUGGUCUGUCCCAGCGCAGCGAGGGGAAGGGGCUGCGGUUUGCAGUGUCUGACGUGCGGAGGCUCUGCUGCGUGGAUGAGGAACAAACCGGUGGCACAGUGCAGACGUGGGCUCAGGGCUUGGCUCACAAUGGCAUGUUUUAAUGACCAGCGAGUAUGUGCCAUGUCUGGAUGGAGAAAGGGUUGCAGCAAGCUGGAGCACGCGGCCCAUGCGCCUAAGGGGAAGCACAGCCACGCAUCGCUCCUGCCCUGUGCUGCUCUGGGCAUGGCAGGGGAAGCACCAAGGGGUAUCUGCAGCGCUAUUGCUUCCUGUGCUAUCCGUUCUGCAGCAUGGUUUCUAACUUGGCCUUUUAUCUCUGGGAACCAUUUCCCAGCUGACCUCACUUCCUCAGAGCUUCUCAGCCCAGAGCCCUCUUGCAAGCGCGGCCGCGGGGCGGGCAGUGCGAGUCAGCUCCCUCGAGCUCGAUGCUGUGUGAUAGUCUGCUCUGCAGCCCGCCUGGCAGGAGGAAAAAGGAGACACCUGGUGUGGGCUGUGUAGAUGCUCCGUGCGCCCCUGCUCUGGUGCCAUGACCUUGGUGCGAGGGAAGUUGCACUGCUUUGCACAUGCCUCUGCACAUGCACGGGCUGAAAAGAAAGCCCUGAAACAGACUGCAUGUGGUUUGAACAUGGGCCAGGAACCAGAACCUGUAAAUCUGAGUCUUGCUCUGACUUCCCUCCAGGCUACGGAUCUCCUCACUGCCCUCCUGGGCGCGGAGCUGGGAGAGCUUGGGAUGCGCUGGGGGCUGCGGGGGGCAAAGCAGUGCCAGGGUCAUGGAGGAAAUGAGAGCAGUGGUGGGGAUACAGGGAAGAGAAGCCCUGGGGAAGGUGGGGUCUGGCUGGUGGCUUUGCUUCAGACCUUAUGGAGGGCUGCCCCCAGCCCAGGCUGGCUGCGCUGCAUGGAGACGCGGUGGAGGAGCUGGAAUAUCCGUGGUGUAACGUGAGGGGUCCUGUCUCGAGGUCUGGCUGCGUGGGUGAAGGGUUUGGAGGGGAAAAUGGGGAACUGCAGCACCCGGCGAUAACAGUCUCACCCCUCUGCCUUUCCCCGUCCCCAGAGCCCAGUGUCACUGGGCACAGCGGGCUCACAGCGCUGGGCUGCCCGCAGCCACACGCUGUCCUUGUGCACGGGGUCCCUGCUCCCACGCAGUGCCCGGGCCUGGCUGUGGUUUCCCCAUCCUGAAUGGAGCCGUGGUGCUGCAGCGCCUCGUGGCUCUGGAUGUUCCCAGGGCGGAACCGUGUGCUGGAGGACUUCUGCAAAAUGCAAAAAAAAAAGAACAGCAACAGCUUUCAGAGUCCCUCCCUGCUCGGCUGGGCCCUUUCCUUCCCCCAGUGGCAGCCGCUGGGAGAUAAGGGAGCGCAGCAGCCCCGGGGGAGCCGCACCACCAUCCCCUGUGGGGUGCUAGGUUGUGUCCUCAUGGAUGGGGAUGCUGAGCCGGUGUCUGUGGGAUGGGGAGCUGAGCUGACUCCUCUGGUGGCCCCACACACCGCCGUGGCCAGGCGGUAGCUGGGACGUGCAGCCCACCACCAUGGGGAGCAGCAAGAGCAAGCCCAAGGACCCCAGCCAGCGCCGGCGCAGCCUGGAGCCGCCCGACAGCGCCCACCAUGGGGGGUUCCCGGCCUCGCAGACCCCCAACAAGACAGCAGCCCCCGACACGCACCGCACCCCCAGCCGCUCCUUCGGGACCGUGGCCACCGAGCCCAAGCUCUUCGGGGGCUUCAACACCUCCGACACCGUCACGUCGCCGCAGCGUGCCGGGGCGCUGGCUGGUGGUGUCACCACCUUUGUGGCUCUCUACGACUACGAGUCCCGGACUGAAACAGACUUGUCCUUCAAGAAAGGAGAACGCCUGCAGAUUGUCAACAACACGGAAGGUGACUGGUGGCUGGCUCAUUCCCUCACUACAGGACAGACGGGCUACAUCCCCAGUAACUAUGUCGCGCCCUCAGACUCCAUCCAGGCUGAAGAGUGGUACUUCGGGAAGAUCACUCGUCGGGAGUCCGAGCGGCUGCUGCUCAACCCCGAAAACCCCCGGGGAACCUUCCUGGUCCGGGAGAGCGAGACGACGAAAGGUGCCUAUUGCCUCUCCGUCUCCGACUUCGACAACGCCAAGGGGCUCAAUGUGAAGCACUACAAGAUCCGCAAGCUGGACAGCGGCGGCUUCUACAUCACCUCGCGGACGCAGUUUGGCAGCCUGCAGCAGCUGGUGGCCUACUACUCCAAACAUGCUGAUGGCUUGUGCCACCGCCUGACCAACGUCUGCCCCACGUCCAAGCCCCAGACCCAAGGACUCGCCAAGGACGCAUGGGAAAUCCCCCGGGAAUCGCUGCGGCUGGAGGUGAAGCUGGGGCAGGGCUGCUUUGGAGAGGUCUGGAUGGGGACCUGGAACGGCACCACCAGAGUGGCCAUAAAGACUCUGAAGCCCGGCACCAUGUCCCCAGAGGCCUUCCUGCAGGAAGCCCAGGUGAUGAAGAAGCUCCGGCACGAGAAGCUGGUUCAGCUCUACGCAGUGGUGUCAGAGGAGCCCAUCUACAUCGUCACUGAGUACAUGAGCAAAGGGAGCCUCCUGGACUUCCUGAAGGGAGAGAUGGGCAAGUACCUGCGGCUGCCACAGCUCGUCGAUAUGGCUGCUCAGAUUGCAUCUGGCAUGGCCUACGUGGAGAGGAUGAACUACGUGCACCGAGACCUGCGGGCGGCCAACAUCCUGGUGGGGGAGAACCUGGUGUGCAAGGUGGCUGACUUCGGGCUGGCACGCCUCAUCGAGGACAACGAGUACACGGCACGGCAGGGUGCCAAGUUCCCCAUCAAGUGGACGGCCCCUGAGGCGGCCCUGUACGGCCGGUUCACCAUCAAGUCGGACGUGUGGUCCUUCGGCAUCCUGCUGACUGAGCUGACCACCAAGGGCCGGGUGCCAUACCCAGGGAUGGUCAACAGGGAGGUGCUGGACCAGGUGGAGCGGGGUUACCGCAUGCCCUGCCCGCCCGAGUGCCCUGAAUCACUGCAUGACCUCAUGUGCCAGUGCUGGCGGAAGGACCCUGAGGAGCGGCCCACCUUUGAGUACCUGCAGGCCUUCCUGGAGGACUACUUCACCUCAACAGAGCCCCAGUACCAGCCUGGAGAGAACCUAUAGGCCUGGAGCUCCUCCUGGCACCAGAGGCCUUGCUGUGGGGCACAGAGGGCUGGCUCCAUGUGGAGGGGCCACGUUCUGGGGAGCAGCUCCAGAGCAGGAUGCGACAUGGGGAGGUGCCAGGUGCCCCGUUGCUCAUUAAAACUGCUGGGCCACGCUUGAUGAGGUGGUGAGAGGAGCCCUGGGCACUGCCACCAGCAGGGCUGGGGCUCAGGAGUGUGAACGGGGCAGUGGGGCAGCUCCUGGCACAACCACAGCCUUCGGGACCUUCUUCCCACAGCAGCCAGAGAAAUUGUGGGACAGCCCCUCCCUCCUCAGAUACACUGCCCCACACCUCCUGCACCCCUUUUUUUAAAUCAGCACAAAUUUCUUCACCCAUUCACCCACCCACUUCUCUCCAGUCUGCCCGAGGCUGUUUGCAGAGACAUUUGGCAGUGGGAAGGCACUGCUUUGGAUCGGAUGCAGCUGGAGAGCAGACGCUGGGAUGCCCCAUAGAGGCUGGCAGUCUCCCUUCCUCUAGCACCCACCCAUCCUCAGGCGCAGGGCUCAGUGUUUUGGGGAAUUACGUCUUUCAGCACUGCUUUUGUCCACUGGUGUGUUUCUAGCCACGUUCCCCCCUGCUGCUGCCAUCCUCGUAUCAGGGAGCACGGAGCCACCGGGAGCCAGUUGUCAGACCCAGCUGCUCCCUGCUUGCUCCCAGCAUCGUGUGUCGGAGGUCGGAGUGAUCCAUGCACAGCUUGGUGCUCCCAUUGAGCACCCGCCCUGUACAUAGCCUUCCAGCAGCUCCCACUACCUGACCAAGCUGCAUGUGCUGUCGUGUUCCUCCUGCCUACAUCUGUCCUCGUCUGUCCCCAGCUGGAGCCCCUCGUCACACCGUAACCACCCGUGUCCUGGACCUCUCAUCCAUCACUCACACCUGGUGCCAAAAACGCCUCCGGAACCGAGCUGAGCCACUGCUGCCUCCCGCUCACUCCCUGGCGUCUUAUUUAUUACCCGAGUUCUCUGUCGGUGGCUCCGUUUUAAUAGUGAACUCAGUACGAAGGGGCUCAUAGCGGUUCGGAGGGAUCCCACCUUUGGCUUGGAGGACUGUUCCCAUGGAUUUCCGUAUUCACGCUGGGACUCGGAGCCCGUCGUCCCCCGGCACGUUUCCUGUGCCCACCUUGGUGCAGGGCCCUCCGCACCCCGAGGGUCGCAGCCUUUUAACCUCCGCAUCCUGUGACAUUUGUGUGCCAUCACCGUACAGCGUCUGCAUCGCCAGGAGAAAGCUCCGAGAGUGGCAGGUGGGGACGGGCAGAAGCCAGGCGUGAGCCAAGAGCUGGGGAGAGAGAAGGCAAACGCAUGCGGGGACGCACGACCUGUGGUUUCCCUGAGCACAGAGCGGGGCUGGGGGCCGCUGGCACUCCCACGCUCCACAGAGCCCCUGAGCCAUCCCCUCCACUGCCAAUCUGUUGCUGAACUGCAGGGGUUCCUCCCCCCCAGUGAUGCUUUUUGGCACAAAGUGGCCCCGUGUGAGAUGUUCUCUUCCGCUGGUGCCAUUUUUUAAAGCGUUUUGUAACAUCUCCCACCGACUAUGCAGAGGACACAUGGAUCUGUUUCUCUCCCCCCAGCUCACCACCCCACCCCCGACUCUUUCAGUGUCAAAGUAAGAAAUAUUUAGCUUUUUUUUUCCUUUUUUUUUUUUUUUUUGUGAUAAUAAUAAAACUUUGGAAAAACCUGACCAUGUCCGGCUUGGUGGGUGGUGGGGGGUGGAGACGCUUUGAAAUUCUGAUGAUGAUGUUGUAAAUACUUUGCAAUUUGAUAAUUAAAGACAAACAGACCUCACCAAA